GAUUGCAGGACGCGGAAGACCGGCAAUUUUCGCUCGUUCCGAAAGCGACCAGGAGGACGAGGAGUGAACUUUUUCUUUUCGGGCGCCUAGAUCAUAUAACAUCUUUGGCGAACCCAACCCCGAAUUCGGGUCAUAUACACAGUUGUGUAGUUGUGUAGACCUACCAAUGAGAAAUCUGGGCCCGCUCUUUUUUUUGAGCGGAUGGUCCUUUUGAUUAUCCCCUCGAGACAGACAAGUUCGUUUUUGGGAGGCUCAGAUGGAAUGAAUCCGUCUCAUCAACCGGGCAAAUACGAGAUGCGACCGUUGCUAUCCACGCAAACGGACGUUACCUCCACAGAAGGAUUUUUGAACGAGAUUUCACAGAUUCAGGAGAACAUUCGCAGCAUCAACGACAAUGUGCAACGCAUUCAAACGUAUCAGUCGGCUAUGCUUCAGACCGCAGACGCGUCGGAGCUCCAACGCCAUCGAGUGGCUGUGGACGAGUUGACCGAGGAUACACAGCGCACCAUGGCCCAUGUGAAGCAAAAACUCAAGGAAAUUCAACCCACAUCGAAGCAUACCGAUUUGGCGAUUCACAAGAACCAGUUUGCUAGUGUGACUAAAUCAUUCAUGGAUGCUAUUGAACGCCACCGACAAGUGUCCCUGGAUUUUCAACGUGCCGAAUCCCGCCAAAUGGAACGACAGAUCAAAAUCGCCAACCCUCAAGCAACUCCACAAGAAAUCGAGACAGCUAUUGCCCAAGCCGAACAAGGCCGUCCCGCCGUAUUUGCACAACAACUCAUGCAGUCCAUGAACAACGAACAACGUCGUUACCAGGCACAGGAAACCCUGGAUGCCGUGCAGGAACGUCACGAAGACAUCAAGCGAUUGGCCAAGAGUAUCCAAGAGUUGUCCGAAAUGUUUAACGAAAUGCAAUAUUUACUGGAAAAUCAAGCCCACGUUCUUGACACCAUUGAAGCGAGCUCUUAUGAUGUCGUGAACCAUCUCGAACAAGGCAACCAGCACGUUUCCAACGCCAUUAAAUCCGCCAAAGCCACACGAAGAAAGAAAUGGAUCUGUUUCUCUAUUUUCGCAGUCAUUAUUAUCAUUGUCGUUAUCGUCGUGGCUGUUGAAGUGGCCCCCAAGAGCGGUGGCGGCGGUGGCGGUGGCAAUGGCCAGCAGCAACAAGGCGAACAAGAUCAACAACAGUAGUUUCCUGACCUCAAUGUUACACCCCUAUAUUGAUAAUCCCCAUCGUCAUUCAA